UUUAUCAUCUCCCCCUUGCUUACUUUAUGUCCUGUCUUCUCUCAUUUACGUCAUAUCUUUACUUUUUCUCUUGACACUGUCAUUUCCUUCGUCAGUCUUUGUCUUCUCCUUUUUUCUUCUUCCUCUCUACCGAUCUUCGAUCUAGUGGGGGUUCUUUGAUGGACUGGAUUCUUUAUCUGGCUCAAGAUCGUGCUCACACAUUUCCAGCUCUGUUUUUUAACCUCUGCUUCGUUAACCUCUCAUACCUCAGAAACUACUCAAAACGGUGAGGGUUGAAGAUAUUAAAAAAAAUGACUACGCAGAAUGUGGUGGCUUUUGAGGAUUGCACAUCGUGUAUCGGAAAAGUUAGAGUGGCCGCGUCGAAGUCAGACCUGUUCUUGCCCGCCAUCACGGAGCCGCUGGCUGCACUUGGUGGCCGGCACAUCGCCUUAUGCCAAAAGCAGCUCUUGAAGAGUCUUGAAACUGGAGGAGGAGGAGGAGGAGCCAGGGCCAGUGCCUGGGUUGAUUCGACGAGAUCUUCCUCGCCUACCCAAAUCAAAUCCACGGCUUCUUUGCCUGAAACGGAAGAGCAAAGCUCCUGGAUUCUCCGUUAUCCAUCUGCAUUAGAAACUUUUGAGCAGAUAAUAUCAGCUUCCAAGGGAAAGCAGAUUGUGAUGUUUCUGGAUUAUGAUGGCACCCUCUCUCCGAUUGUCGAUGAUCCAGAUCAAGCAUUUAUGUCGAAAGAUAUGAGAGAAGCUGUAAGGGAUGUUGCUGCAUACUUCCCCACGGCCAUAGUGAGUGGGAGGUGCAGGGAUAAGGUUUAUAAUUUUGUAAAGUUAGCAGAACUAUACUAUGCAGGUAGCCACGGAAUGGACAUCAAGGGACCAUCCAAACCGCGUCGAAAAUGGAAUAAAGGAAAUCAAGCAGUCAUCUUCCAAGCUGCUACUGAGUUUCUACCCAUGAUUGACGAGGUGUACACAACCUUGUUAAACAAAACAAGUUCCAUCCCAGGAGCAAAGGUGGAAAAUAAUAAGUUUUGCCUAUCCGUACACUUCCGCUGUGUUGAAGAAAAGAGAUGGGCUGCAUUAACAGAACAAGUUAAGAUGGUGCUCAGUGCGUAUCCUAAACUUAAACUGACUCGAGGGAGGAAGGUACUGGAGAUCCGUCCAACCAUCAUGUGGGACAAGGGCAAAGCCCUCGAAUUCUUGCUGGAGUCUCUAGGAUAUGCCAAUUCUAGUAACGUUUUGCCUAUCUAUAUUGGAGAUGACCAAACAGACGAGGAUGCGUUCAAGGUUUUGCGCGACAGAGGGCAAGGGUUUGGGAUCCUUGUUUCUAGAGUUGCAAAGGAAACAAGUGCCACUUAUUCUUUGCAAGAACCAUUCGAGGUUAAGGAGUUUUUACGGCGUUUGGUGGUGGAGAGGAAUAGAUGGUUACUGCAAGGUUAAACAUGACCUACGUACGGCAAUUAUUGUUCCCAUGAAUAUCUUUGGGUGGGAUCAACUUUUGCGUACGCGUCGUGUUACAAUUAAGUCUUGAGAUAACUAAUUAUAUAUGUAUUUUCUUUAGAGAUUGUAAUUAGCCAAAAUUGUGAGAAAUUAAGAAAUUCUCCCUAAAAUUGUUAAAAC